AUGGAUAUAUUUCCUAGACCUAGUGGAGAAAUUCAAAGAAAAAACCCACAGCAGGAUUUCGAGCUUAUUCAACGAGUUGGGAGCGGCACAUAUGGAGACGUAUACAAGGUAUUUUUCGUCCAUCUGAAUGAACAGCAGUAGCAGCUUUGGCUGUUCCGAAUUUAGAUCAGUGUCUAACCAAACAAGCACCCCACCUGUUGGGAGGAACGAUAUCCCUGUGCUCUAUACUUUAUUUAUUUUUUCGUAUUUACAAUGAAGGCUCCUGCGGUGGCUGGGAUUAAAAAUAAAUAAAUAAAUAAAUAAAAUAUAGGACAAAACACACAUCAUGACAAGAGAGACACCACACCCCUACAUAAACAUUUACGUUUACAUUUACGGCAUUUAGCAGAAGCUGUUAUCCAGAGCGACUUACAAAUUGGUGCAUUCACCUUAUAGCCAGUGGGUUAACCACUUUACAAUGUUUAUUAGUAUUUUUUUUUUAAAUGUAUUUUUCUAAAUUUGUAUUAUUAGUAUUUUUUUUUUGUGUGGGGGGGGGUGGAGAGACCUAAGACAACCUCCUAGCAUGGCAGAAACACAUGACAACACAGCAUGGUAGCAACACAACAUGACAACAACACAGUAGCAACACAACAUGGCAGCAGCACAACAUGGUAGCAGAACAAAACAUGGUACAAACAUUAUUGGGCACAGACAACAGCACAAAGGCAAGAAGGUAGAGACAACAAUACAUCACGCGAAGCAGCCACAACUGUCAGUAAGAGUGUCCAUGAUUGAGUCUUUGAAUGAAGAGAUGGAGAUAAAACUCUCCAGUUUGAGUGUUCUUUGCAGCUCGUUCCAGUCGCUAGCUGCAGCAAACUGAAAAGAGGAGCGACCCAGGGAUGUGUGUGUGUGCUUUGGGGACCUUUAACAGAAUGUGACUGGCAGAACGGGUGUUGUAUGUGGAGGAUGAGGGCUGCAGAAUGUAUCUCAGAUAGGGGGGAGUGAGGCCUAAGAGGGUUUGAUGAAUAAGCAUCAACCAGUGGGUCUUGCGACAGGGUAUACAGAGAUGACCAGUUUACAGAGGAGUGUAGAGUGCAGUGAUGUGUCCUAUAAGGAGCAUUGGGGGCAAAUCUGAUGGCUGAAUGGUAAAGAACAUCUAGCCGCUCGAGAGCACCCUUACCUGCCGAUCUAUAAAUUACGUCUCCGUAAUCUAGGAUAGCUAAAUCCUAUUGAAACCUGGCGAGAGGACUGACGUGAAGUUGCCAAGGUUGUAUUUCUCUCCCCCAGGCCCAUAGUUCAAUUCUCUCUCAAAGUGUUUUUCUUUUAUGGCCAAGAUGUGAGGAAAGUUAUUGUGUGUAUGCUGUUUAGCUUACCCUUGAAUUCAAGCACAGAACUGUGUUGUCAAUUGCAUAGGUUUGUGUUACAGGGGCAUUUGAGUUUUAGAAUAGAGUUGAAUGGAAACUACAGUGAAUGCACAUCUUCAUGACAUAAAAAGUGUUUUAGCUGUGUAAACUCUUUGUGCAGCUUAACGUCAAUGGGAAAUGGAUACCUAGGGCCUAGUUAUCAAGCAUGUGUUCAGGUUUAUCCUCUCUCCGCAAGUCGCUUUUGCCUGUUUUUAGAGAGCUGACUUGUGACAUUUUGUAAAGGCUUUUAUUUAGAGUGGGGAGUCAACCAUUUUAUCUAUAUUUAUCUAUCAUCUACCAAUCAAGGCUUUCAUUUACUUCUGCUGCUGAGUCAAGCAUCUGUCCUCCACAUUAUCACUUCAGCGUCUUGGGUUCCAAAUACAGGAGCUGGAGGAUGUAUCCUACUUUAUGGGCCAGCUUCAGUCAUGUAGGAUGUAUCCUACUUUAUGGGCCAGCUUCAGUCAUGUAUGAUGUAGCCUAAGGGCAAUUCCACGAUUUCCACUGAGGUAUCAAAUCAAAUCAAAUCAAAUUUUAUUGGCCACAUGCGCCGAAUACAACAGGUGCAGACAUUACAGUGAAAUGCUUACUUACAGCCCUUAACCAACAGUGCAUUUAUUUUAAACAAAAAAGUAAAAAUAAAACAACAACAAAAACAGUGUUGAGAAAAAAAGAGCAGAAGUAAAAUAAAGUGACAGUAGGGAGGCUAUAUAUACAGGGGGGGUACCGGUGCAGAGUCAAUGUGCGGGGGCACCGGCUAGUUAAGGUAGUUGAAGUAAUAUGUACAUGUGGGUAGAGUUAAAGUGAAUAUGCAUAAAUAAUUAACAGAGUAGCAGCAGCGUAAAAGGAUGGGGUGGGGGGGCAGUGCAAAUUGUCCGGGUAGCCAUGAUUAGCUGUUCAGGAGUCUUAUGGCUUGGGGGUAGAAGCUGUUGAGAAGUCUUUUGGACCUAGACUUGGCACUCCGGUACCGCUUGCCGUGCGGUAGCAGAGAGAACAGUCUAUGACUAGGGUGGCUGGAGUCUUUGACAAUUUUGAGGGCCUUCCUCUGACACCGCCUGGUAUAGAGGUCCUGGAUGGCAGGAAGCUUGGCCCCAGUGAUGUACUGGGCCGUACGCACUACCCUCUGUAACAGAACGACGGCACAAACAGCACAAACUGUCAUUCUGUUACCAAACUUUGCAUCUGCACUGUUCUUCAAGUACAUUUGCAUAGAGUUGUAUGGUUUGUUUAAAAGUGCUACACAUAGGAUAUAAAAAUAAAAAUUAGCAUUGUAAUUUCAGAAAAUGUCCAUAAUUUAUCUGCAGUAAUAGUGGAAUGAUAGUGUUUCACGGUAUUACUUACCUACCAGUGUUGUGAUUGCCUGUGAUAUUACCUAUUUAUUUCUUCCACCGGAGAGGCAUCUGUUGUCAAAAUGGGAAAGCUGUUCUGACUUUGUUGCUGAGUUAUCUAGUGGAAAUCGCUCUGUCAUUUCCUGGUUGGAAAAAUUCUACACUGUUCGCUCAAUUUUAGUUUGUGAGAAAACAAGCACUGAAUAGAGUAGGAAUUCAUUGAACCAUCUAAAUCGCUGUGAAUUAUAUUUUGUCUAGAAUGUCAUUGUAUGCUGUAGCGUUAAUAUUUCCCUUCACUGGAACUAAGGGGCCUAGCCCAAACCAUGAAAAACAGCCCCAGACAAUUAUUCCUCCUCCACCAAACUUUACCGUUGGCACUAUGCAUUGGGGCAGAUGUGUUCUUCUGGCAUCCGCCAAACCCAGAUUUGUCAGUCGGAUUGCCAGAUGGUGAAGCAUGAUUCAUCACUCCAAAGAACACGUUUCCUCUGCUCCAGAGUCCAAUGGCGGCGAGCUUUAUACCACUCCAACCGACGCUUGGCAUUGCGCAUGGUGAUCUUAGGCUUGUGUGCGGCUGCUCUGCCAUGGAAACCCAUUUCAUGAAGCUCCUGAUGAACAGUUCUUGUGCUGACAUUGCUUCCAGAGGCAGUUUGGAACUUGUUAGUGAGUUUUGCAACCGAGGACAGAUUUGUACUCUCUUCAGCACUCAGCAGUCCCGUUCUGUGAUCUUGUGUGGCCUACCACUUCGCGGCUGAGCCGUUGUUGCUCCUAGAAGUUUCCACUUCACAAUAACAGCACUUACAGUUGACCGGGGCAGCUCUAGCAGGGCAGAAAUUUGACGAACUGACUUGUUGGAAAGGUGGCAUCCUAUGACGGUGCCAUGUUGAAAGUCACUGAGCUCUUCAGUAAGGCCAUUCUACUGCCAAUUUGUGUCUAUGGAGAUUGCAUGGCUGUGUGCUCGAUUUUAUACACCUGUCAGCAACGGUGUGGCUGAAAUAGCCGAAUCCACUCAUUUGAAGGGUUGUCCACAUACUUUUGUGUAUAUAUAGUGUAUUUGCUUAACAAGUCACAUGAUAAAUUGCAUGGACUCACUCUGUGUGCAAUAAUAGUGUUUAACAUGAUUUUUGAAUGACUACCUCAUCUCUGUACCACACACAUACAAUUAUCUGUAAUGUCCCUCAGUCGAGCAGUGAAUUUCAAACACAGAUUCAACCAUAAAGUCCACAGGAGGUUUUCCAAUGCCUCACAAAGAAGGGCACCUAUUGGUAUAUGGGUAAAAGAAAAGCAGACAUUGAAUAUAGCUUUGAGCAUGACGUUAUUAAUUCCACUUUGGAUGGUGUAUCAAUACACCCAGUCACUACAAAGAUACAGGCGUCCUUCCUAACUCAGUUGCCAAAGAGGAAGGAAAUCGCUCAGGGAUUUCACCAUGAGGCCAAUGGUGUCUUCAAAACAGUUACAGAGUUUAAUGACUGUAAUAGGAGAACUGAGGAGGGAUCAACAACAUCGUAGCUACUCCACAAUACUAACUUAAAUGACAGAGUGGAAAAAAAGGAAGCCUGUACAGAUUAAAAUAUUCCAAAACAUGCAUCCUGUUUGCAAUAAGGCACUAAAGUAAAACUGCAAAAGAUGUGGCAAAGAAAUUAACUUUAUGUCCUGAAUACAAAGCGUUACGUUUGGGGGAAAUCCAACACAACACAUCACUGAAUACCACUCUUCAUAUUUUCAAGCAUGGUGGAGGCUAUAUCGUGUUAUGGGUAUGCUUGUCAUCGGCAAGGACCAGGAGAGAGCUAAGCACAGGAAAAAUCCUAGAGGAAAACCUGGUUCAGUCUGCUUUCCAAUAGACACUGGGAGAAAAAUUAACUUUUCAGCAGGACAAUAAUCUAAAACACAAGACCAAAUAUACACUGGUUGCUUACCAAGAAGACAGUGAAUGUUCCUGAGUGGCCUAGUUACAGUUUUGACUUAAAUCUGCUUGAAAAUCAAUGGCAAGACUUGAAAAUGGCUUCACUUUGUCAUGUUUUCACUUGGUCAUUUUGGGCUAUUGUGUGUAGAUGGUUGAGGAUUUAUAAAAAAUAUUUUAAUCCAUUUUGAAUUCAGGCUGUAACACAACAAAAUGUGGAAUAAGUCAAGAGGUAUGAAUACUUUCUGAAGGCGCUGUAUAUUAUGGACAUUUUCUGUAAAUACAAUGUAAAAAUAAAAAUGUAUCAUAUGUGUAGCACCUUUUAUCUUUGCAAUCAUUGUAUUUUGUUUGACAUCAAUUUUCAAGUGAAACAUCCGAGUCUCGGCAUCAUUCCGUUACCUUGGAAUUGCCCCUAAUCAGCAACAUCGUUCAAAUCAAAUCACAUUUUAUUGGCCACAUGCGCCGAAUACAACAGGUGCAGACAUUACAGUGAAAUGCUUACUGACAGCCCUUAACCAACAGUGCAUUUAUUUUUAAUAAAAAAAAGUUAAAUAAAACAACAACAAAAAAGUGUUGAGGAAAAAAAAUAGCAGAAAAAAAAUAAAAUAACAGUAGGGAGGCUAUAUAUACAGGGGGGUACCGGUGCAGAGUCAAUGUGCGGGGGCACCGGCUAGUUGAGGUAGUUGAAGUAAUAUGUACAUGUGGGCAGAGGUUAAAGUGACUAUGCAUAAAUAAUUAAUCAUUGUUGGUAGAGGUCUUAGGCCUAUUUUAUUUCUUGCUACGCAGACGGACUGAGAUUCAAUAUCUUUUUUUUCCUGAAGGUUUUCAUGUGUACUGAUGAAGUCGUUAGAACAUUCCAUAAUACUUGAUGUACAGUCAAUCAUUCUACGGUAGUGAUGAAACACAGUACCCUGCUUAAAACUGUGGAGGAAGAAUCAGAUGGGCUUUCUGAUGGGCCAGUUAAAGGAGUACCUACCUCUACAUAGUCUGCUAUUCAGGGAGCAAAUCUUCAAAUAUUUGGACGCACUUGCUGUCAGAAGAAAAACUUAACUCGGUUCAUUUUUCAUGAGGUUCGUUUUAGUUUCCCCACUGUGGACUAAGACUAUUUCUUUAAAGGAUGCAUCUGUAACCCUGUAGAAGCCAUGUGAUAAAGCAUCGUGCUGUUACAACCUACCUCUCUUAUUCUCUAUUGGAACGUGGUGGAAGUAAGAUGUAUUGGUAGGGAAAGGGAGAGCUACAAUUUCCCAUUGUCCUGGCAAAGUUAUGUGAAGAGCCAAAGACCCUGUGGUGUGCGUUCACAUAACAAAGCAACGAUACAUUUGGAAUUUCUCUGAAUUGGAUUGGAAUUGAGCAUAACAAACUAGACUGUUCCCAAGGUCAAAAUCAGGAUCACACAGACCGUUGUGUUCACGGGUGUUGGUCAUUUGUUAUGGAUGACUAGGCUACCCAUUUGGAUUGUUAUGGAUGACUAGGCUACCCAUUUGGAUUGUUAUGGAUGACUAGGCUACCCAUUUGGAUUGUUAGGAUGACUAGGCUACCCAUUUGGAUUGUUAUGGAUGACUAGGCUACCCAUUUGGAUUGUUAUGGAUGACUAGGCUACCCAUUUGGAUUGUUAUGGAUGACUAGGCUACCCAUUUGGAUUGUUAUGGAUGACUAGGCUACCCAUUUGGAUUGUUAUGGAUGACUAGGCUACCCAUUUGGAUUGUUAUGGAUGACUAGGCUACCCAUUUGGAUUGUUAUGGAUGACUAGGCUACCCAUUUGGAUUGUUAUGGAUGACUAGGCUACCCAUUUGGAUUGUUAUGGAUGACUAGGCUACCCAUUUGGAUUGUUAUGGAUGACUAGGCUACCCAUUUGGAUUGUUAUGGAUGACUAGGCUACCCAUUUGGAUUGUUAUGGAUGACUAGGCUACCCAUUUGGAUUGUUAUGGAUGACUAGGCUACCCAUUUGGAUUGUUAUGGAUGACUAGGCUACCCAUUUGGAUUGUUAUGGAUGACUAGGCUACCCAUUUGGAUUGUUAUGGAUGACUAGGCUACCCAUUUGGAUUGUUAUGGAUGACUAGGCUACCCAUUUGGAUUGUUAUGGAUGACUAGGCUACCCAUUUGGAUUUUUAUGUGCUAGGCUCCCGCUCACAGAUUCUUAGGAGUCCCACCCCAGACACGGCCACCCACACGGACCCAGUGUCCCACACAGACGCAGGCCACCCAGACCAGGCCCACCCAGACACGACCACCACAGACACAGUCACGCCACCCCAGCCAUCCACCACAGAAGGCAAUGCACCCAGACACUGCCACACAGGCCAGUCCCACCCAGACGCAGGCCAGGCCCACCCCAGACAGCAGGCCAGGCCACCCCAGACACAGGCCCACCCGACACAGGCCACCCCGACACAGCCCACCCCAGACACAGGACACAGGCCCACCACACGACGCAGCCCACCAGACAACCCAGACACAGGCCACCCAGACACAGGCCAGUCCCACCACAGACACAGGCAGCCGAGGCAGGGCCACUGGUGGAAUGCAGUGCCUGGUGUUCUCCCAGAGAGAGCCAUGAACACGCAAGGCUGGCCAUUCCAAACCCCAGACACAGGCCUACCCCAGAAAACUUUGUCCACAGUGUUCGUAAGAAUUGGUAGUUUUGGAACAGAACUGUAUCGUGGGCUUCCCGAUGGCGCAGCGGUUCUAAUGGCACUGCAUCUCAGUUGCUUGAGGCGUUCACUUACAGAGCCCCACCCCUGGUUCGAUUCCAGGCUGUAUCACAACCGGCCGGGAUUGGGAGUCCCCUAGGGCGGCGCACAAUUGGCCCAGCGUCGUCCGGGUUAGGCCGGUGUAGGCCGUCAUUGUAAUUAAGAAUUUGUUCUUAACUGACUUGCCUAGUUAAAUAAAGGUAAAAUAAAUAAAUAAAAAUCCCACCCCAGGCACAGGCAGGACUGUGGCAGCAAGGCUGCAGAGUGAAAUAUGAUCAGGUCCUUGUAUAAACAUGCGCCCAGAACAGGAGUGUUCUUUGCUGUACUGACAGCGGAAAUACUUCAGAUUUGAAAGGUCCUCCCCUAACCAUGCCUUUUGGUCUGCUGCAGUGCACAGAUGGGUUUUGAGACCCAUUUGUAAAACCUGAGUGAGGUGUCAACUAGGAAGUAAACCCAUGGAGCUUGAGUUUGAUUGGUUGUUUUGUUACUCAGCUCUUGUCUUGUCUCCUUUUGAGUAACAGUUUUGAUAUGUGUCAUCCAGGGAUGGAAAUUAAAGAUGGCUCGCUAGCCCAAGGCUAGUACUUUUCAGACCAGGCUAGUAGAAAAUAUGCCCAUCUAGCCUGCCAGAUAGUGAAAUUUGGUAUUUUCAAAUACCGCAUCAUAGCACAGAUUUUUGGACCCGGGCUAGUAAACAUUGUAAUCUGCUAGCCCUUUUGGCCAGUGCCCAAAAUCCUUAAAUUCUAUCCCUGGACUUUCAUCUACAGUAUCUCUGUCUGUUAAUUGUCCUGAGUCUGUAAAUAGUAAAUUAGUAAUCAGUCCCCCCCCCAGGAUUUUGUGACGUUUUAUUCUGAUAGGUUAGUUGCGGGCUUGAUUUUGCUGCGUCCAUUCUGACAUUUUGCGCCGACGAGGGAAAGUUUGUUGAUGUGUUGCUUGAGUGAUAGGGUGAAAUUGCGAACUCCUCUUUUUGUAGUGCGGCGAUCAGACCGUUUUAAAUGUGGUAAUAUUGCAAUGAUUUGACUGGUUUAUGCGAUAAUAGUGCAGCGAUUUGGUCAAAUGUUUAAGCCCUCGCAUAAUAUGCAGAGAAUUAUUGAUUUUAGCUAAAUAUGUUCCCAUCGCAAAAUCCCAGAGGGACUGAGUAAUGAAGAUAAAACCAACGAUAUUCCUUUGGCAGCCUGGACUGAUUUGUUGUAAUCUGCAAACUUAAUUUAGAGAGAGAUCUGUUCAUUGUGAGGCAGUGUGUGGUGGGCUCUGGACAGGACAUGGCUCAGAUGGUAUAGCAUGAUGCUUGCAAUGCCAGGAUAGAGAGUUUGAUUCCCGGGGCCACCUGUAAAUAAGUACGUUAUGCACUGCAUGACUAAGUCGCUUUCGUUAAAAGCGUCUGCUGAAUGGCAUAUGUUAUGUGAUGCCCAGAUCUGAACUAGGCAAGACUGGUGACUAAUGCCACAGUAGGACAAUUUCACUAGUCCUAAAAUACACUAGCUGAUAACGAGGGUAUUCAUGAUAUUAUGCAAACAUUUUUACACUCUCCACUCACCAACAUUGACUGGCUCCCCGAUCACCAACAUUGACUGGCUCCCCGAUCCCCAACAUUGACUGGCUCCCAGAUCCCCAACAUUGACCGGCUCCCCGAUCCCCAACAUUGACUGGCUCCCCGAUCUCCAAGCAGUGUUCUGAAAUGUUUUAUUGUCUCUUUCAGGCUCGAAACAUCCAAACAGGAGAGCUUGCCGCUGUUAAGAUUAUUAAACUGGAACCAGGUGAGUUGGAUCUACCUACAAUUCUUCUUUCCACUUAUGAGUGAAAAGUACUCACUCAUUGAGAAUUUCUGUUAAGGAUCCUAACCAAAGAGGACAUUAAGCAUAUAAUGUUGCACCCCAUAUUUAAGGGAAAACAAUGUUUUCAUAAGACUGAGUGUAGGUGAGCGGCAAUUUGGUAAAAAUACUAAAUCUAGAAUUCUCUGUUAAGACCAUUAAGCCCUGAUGUGUUGGAAGGGUGUGCUAUACCAUAAGCAUGUUGUAAACUGGUCUGAAGAAGCCAUGGGAUCGUUUCGGGAAGAUGGGAGUCUUGGACCGGCGUUUCACUGUGACCCAGAUGAGUGGGAUUACCUCCAAAAGGGGUUUCGUGCCUCCAGCCUGCCACCCAGAUAAACACCAGCUGAUUAACUAUCCUAGUGUCAUUGAAGUAAAGAAGGGUCCCUACUGGGUGGUCCCUCCCUAGCCUUGUCCCUCAUCUGUUAGUGCUGGCUUGCCACCUCCUAUGGUGGUCAUUGGUGUGACGGUGACCAUAGGAGUUUGCUAGACAGCACAAACCGAUGUGGGACCGGGCUAGGCAUACUACUGUUGGUGUUGAUGACAGGUCUCUCUUUAAGAAGAGUUUGUUUUAGACUCACCUUUUAUGAUUAAAGGUUAAAUGGAAAUGAUGAGAGAUGUGUGUUUUGUGUGGCUUUUCUGCAUCUUAUAACAUUUUAAAUACAUGUUAACUCGGGCUUAGUGGUUCAACUCCAUAGUAAGCCUAGGAAAAGUUCCCCCUGUUGCCUGCUCAACUAUAGAGCAGAUCUGUCUAAAAGUUUCUGCUAGCUAGCUUAUGUUCAUACUUCAUAGUAAGCUAGAAAUACCUGUGUCUUGCCAUGCCAAUAUGCAACCGAAAAUCACUUAUUCUCAUUAUUGAAUUCACAAAGAUGGCGUCAGUUGUAACAAAAAAAAAAAAAAUUGACCAAUAACGUACUCCAGUUGUGAAGUUUGGCAUCACAAUCUUCUUCGAAUGUACCCAAAGUUAUCUGGAAAUUUCUGUAAAGAUUCUGCGGGUUGCAUAAUUUUUAAGGUCAAACAUGUAGUAGGCAAUUUGGUAUACAGUUUCUAAAGUUUUAGUGUUACCAGAUUAUAACAUGGGUCUUGGAAGAUGAUUAGUUUUAUGGUGUUUAAAAAUAUUUACAGUGAUAUGGGACAAGUACUAGGAUCUGUGCCGCUCGCUUAUAAGUGUUAGUGUAGGUACAUAUUUUAGCAAGGUGUAGUGUGAUCAAUAUUGAUUUAUUAGAUCAUUUAUUAGGUUAUAGUAGCAGAGUUGUGUGCUAUUCAUGUUUAAUUAAUAGUUAUGUAGGUAAUCAGUAAGUUGUGGUAUAAGUAGAAGUUAAUUAGUAGUAGUAUCAGUGUAUAUAUGUACAUAGUAUAGUUAUAUAGUAAUCAAUUUUAGUAUCAGAUUCGUGUAAGUAUAUAUAGUAGUUUGUAUUAGUGUGUAUAGAGUAAUCAGAUAGAGAUAAGGUAGUAUCGUGUUUAUAUGUAUAUUAUAAGAAGUAGUAUGUGUGUAAGUAUAAUCAGUAUACUAGGUAGUCAUUAGAUCAGUUAGUAGUAGUAUAAUCAGUAGUAGUGUAUAUAGUAAUGUAUAUAGUGUUAUCCAUAGUAUCAGUAGUAGUAGAAGUCUCAGUUAGUAUACUAGUAGUAGUGUAGUCAGUAGUGUAUAUAUAGUAGUAUUAGUAAGUAGUAUAGUAGUAUAGUGUAAGUUAGUAGUUGAUGUAUAGUAGUAGUGUAUAUAGUUAGAGUAGUAUUAGUAAUCAGUAGUAAGUUAGUAGAGUAGUAGUAGUAUGUAGUAGGAUGUAUAGUAGUUAGGUAUGUAGUGAUCAUGAAGUAUAGUAAGUAGUAUAUAGUAGUAGUAUCAGUGAUGUGCUAAUAUAGUAGUUCAGUAGUGAGUAUGUAGAUCAGUAGUUGUUAGUAUAGUAGUAGUAGCAGUGUAAGCAGCAGUAAGUAGUAGUCAGUAUGUAGUAGUGCGUAGUAUAUAUAGUAGUAGUAGACAUAGUAUUAGUAGAUAGGUUAGUACAGUAGUAGUUAGAAUGUAGUUAGUAGAUCGUAGUAGUAGUAGUAGUAGUAGUGUAGUAGCAGUAGAGUAGUAUAGUAGUAGUUAGUCAGUAGUAGUAAGUAGUAGUAGUAUGUAGUAGUAGUAUAGUAGUAGUAGUAGUCAGUAAGUUAGUAGUAGUUGGUAGAGUUGUAGUAUGUGUAGUAGUAGUAGUGUAGUAGUAGUACAGGUAGUAGUAAGUAGUAGUAGUAGUUAGUAGUAGAGUAUAGUAGUAUAGUAUAUUGAGUAGUAGAUAGUAGUAGUAGUAGUAGUAGUCGUAGUCGUAGUAGUAGUAUAGUAGUAGUAGUAGUAGUAGUAGUAGUAGUAAGUCAGAUAUUUGUAGUGUAGUAGUAGUAUCAGUAGUAUAGUAUAGUAUAGUAUGAGUAGUAGUAAGUAGUAUCAGUAGUAGUAGUAGUAUAGUAGUAUAGUAGUAGUAGUAUCAGUAGUAGUAGAGUAGUAGUAGUAUAGUAGUAGUAGUAGUAUAUAGUAGAUCAGUAGUUAGUAUAGUAUCAGUAUCAAGUAGUAGUAGUAGUAGUAGUUAGUAGUAGUUGUAGUAGUAUAUAGUAUGUAGUAGUAGUCAGUAGUAAGUAGUAUCAGUAGUAGUAAGUUAUAGUAGUAGAGAGUAGUAGUAGUAGUAGUAGUAAGUAGUAGCUAUCAGUAGUAGUAGGUAGUUAGUAGUAUAGUAGUAGUAGGUCAGUAUGUAGUAGUUAGUAAGUAUAGUAGUGUAUAGUAGUUGUAGUAUUAGUAGUAUCAUAUAGUAAGUAGUAGUAGUAGAUCAGUAAGUAGGUAGUAGAUCAGUAGUAGUAGUAGUCAGUAGUAUAGUAGUGUAGUGUUAGUAGUAGGUAGUAGUAGUAGUAGUAGUGGUAGUAGUAGUAUAGUAGUAGUAUCGUAGUAGUAGUAGUAUCAGUAGUAGUAGUAGUAUAGUAGUAUCAGUAGUGUUAGCAUAGUAGUAGUAGAUAGUAGUAGUAGUAGUAGUAGUAGUAGUACAGUAGUAGUAGUAGUAGUAGUAGUGUAGUAGUAGUAAGUAGUAGGUCAGAGUAGUAGUACAGUAAGUAGUAGUAGUAGUAGUGGUAGUCAGUGGUAGCAGUAGGUAGUAGUAGUAGUAGUAGAAAGUGUAGGUAGUAGCGGUAUUAGUAGUAGUAGUUAGUAGUAGUAGUAAGUAGUAGUAGUAGUAGUGUAGUAGUAGCAGUAGUAGUAGUAGUAGUAGUAGUAGUAGUAGUAGUGAGUAGUAGUAGUAGAUUAGUAGUUAGGUGGUAGUAGUAGUAGUAGUAGUAGUAGUAGUAGUAGUAGUAGUAGUAGUAGUAGUAGUAGUAGAGCUAUUUAGAGUCAGACGAACUCAUGGAUACCAUUUUUAUGUCUCUGCGUCCUGUUUGAAGGAAGUUGAAGGUAGCAUAUCGACAUCUUAGCGCAGUUGCUGGAAGUCUAUGGGUAUCUACUAGCCAGCUCCCCUCAAAAGCAGGGAAAUAGAACUUAUAUCUAUUCUAAAGCUGGGUGGUUGGUCAUUUAUAGUCUUACAAAGCUAUACAUAGUAAUCAGUAUUUUAUAAAUGUGUUCAUUUUACUGACAAUUGUAAGAAAUUAGAUUCUAUCAACUUCCUCAUUUAUGGACUACUUUGGGUUCCGCCUGUGCUCUGUGAGACUCGGUGUGGUUUUGUAAAUGUCCCGUGUAGCUCAGUUGGUAGAGCAUGCCGCUUGCAACGCCAGGGUUGUGGGUUUGAUUCCCACGGGGGGGGCCAGUAUGAAAAUAUAUGCACUCACUACUUACUGUAAGUCGCUCUGGAUAAGAGCGUCUGCUAAAUGACUAAAAUGUAAAAAUGUAAACAAACUCCCGGGAGGCAGCCAGCCUACUGUAUUAGUUAAAGUAGCUAGCUUGCUUGCUUAUUGGCAAAUAAUCAUAACAUUUGAUAAAUCAUGUCAGACUUUGAGGUAGAAGAGCCAUUUUUAUUCAGAGCCAUAUUUAUUAGAGCCAGAAUGUACUGAGGAGAACUUGUGCAGUUGGAUGCUGAGGAAGGCUGAAUCAGCGGCGCUGGGAGACGAGCUACCAGGAGCGGUGGCGAGAGCCAGGUCUGAGGGGGACUGGGAGAGGAGCUACCAGGAGCGGUGGCGAGAGCCAGGUCUGAGGGGGACUGGGAGACGAGCUACCAGGAGCGGUGGCGAGAGCCAGGUCUGA